GAGGCUAACACGAAAAAAGAUAAAUCUGUUUUGCAGGCCAAACUAACAAAGUUGGCCUUACAAAUUGGAUAUGGAGGAACUGUCGUAGCAGUCCUCACUGUCCUUAUACUGGUCAUAAGAUUUUCCGUCGAAACGUUCUUCGUAGAGGGCAGAUCAUGGAGUCUGCAGUACAUCCAACAAUUUGUUAAGUUCUUCAUCAUCGGUGUGACUGUGUUGGUGGUUGCAGUACCUGAAGGCCUGCCACUGGCCGUCACCUUAUCGUUGGCCUAUUCCGUGAGAAAAAUGAUGUACGACAACAAUUUAGUGCGACAUCUGCAUGCCUGUGAGACAAUGGGAAACGCUACAGCAAUUUGUUCGGACAAGACAGGCACGCUCACAACCAACCGGAUGACUGUUGUCCAAUGCUAUAUUGCAGAUCGAACGUACAGGCGUGUUCCUCAGUCGAAAGAUUUGCCUCGACACAUCGUAGACACAAUCGUCACCCUCAUAUCAAUAAACAGUGGUUAUACCUCUAAACUGAUACCGCCAGCAACCCCCGGAGAACUGCCAAAACAAGUUGGUAACAAGACGGAAUGUGCCCUGCUGGGUCUCGUCACGCAGUGGGGUAGAAGUUACGAGUCGGAAAGAUCAGAGAUUACGGAAGAACACAUCUUCAAGGUGUUCACAUUCAACUCCGUCCGCAAAUCCAUGAGCACAGUGGUUCCAGGAAGAAGAGAUCAAGGUGGAGGUUACAGGGUUUUUACCAAAGGGGCUUCAGAAAUCGUUCUUAAAAAAUGUAGCUGGAUACACAGUCGAAAUGCUGAAGUUAGGAAAUUAUCAGUCAGUGACAUAUCUUGGAUAAUCAGCAAUGUCGUUGAACCUAUGGCUUCAGAGGGGUACAGGACACUCUGCUUAGCUUAUAAAAAUUAUGUUACCGACACUCCAAAGCCAAAUGAAGAGAUGGCCUCCGAAACAAUUGACUGGGACAUGGAGGAUAACAUUGUCAACAACCUAACAUGUCUUGCUAUACUAGGAAUUGAAGAUCCUGUUAGACCAGAAGUACCGCAAGCCAUCCGUAAGUGUCAAAGAUCUGGCAUUACGGUUCGAAUGGUAACAGGCGACAACAUAAACACCGCAAAAUCGAUUGCAAUAAAAUGUGGCAUUUUACUGUCACGUGACAAUUCGUUGGUUCUAGAUGGUACGACUUUCAACAAACUCAUUAGGGAUAGGCCCGAUGGACCGGUCAGACAGGAGCUAUUGGACAAAGUAUGGCCAAUGUUGAGAGUCCUUGCCAGAUCUUCUCCAGCGGAUAAAUAUACCCUCGUAAAGGGAAUGAUCGAAAGUCGGUUGUUUAAAAAAAGAGAAGUGGUGGCCGUAACAGGGGACGGUACCAACGAUGGACCUGCUCUGAAGAGAGCUGACGUUGGAUUUGCUAUGGGAAUAGCUGGCACGGAUGUUGCUAAAGAAGCUUCAGAUAUCAUUUUGAUGGAUGACAACUUCACUUCAAUUGUUAAAGCAGUCAUGUGGGGCAGAAAUGUUUAUGACAGCAUCGCAAAAUUUCUUCAGUUCCAACUCACUGUUAACGUUGUUGCAGUUUUUGUGGCGUUUCUCGGAGCAUGUGCUAUAAAAGAUUCUCCUUUGAAAGCAAUUCAGAUGCUUUGGGUUAAUUUAAUUAUGGACACAUUGGCAUCAUUAGCGCUAGCAACCGAACUUCCCUCUGAAGAAUUGCUAGAAAGGAAGCCAUAUGGAAGGACGAAACCGCUCAUAUCGACAAUGAUGCUCGUCAAUAUCGCAGGACACGCUAUUUAUCAAAUUUCUAUCAUUCUUCUUGUUUUAUUUUACGGUGAGACCCUGUUUGACAUUGACAAUGGUCGAGAAAUAGGACUUCACUCACCCCCAUCUCAACACUUCACAAUCAUUUUCAACGCUUUUGUCAUGAUGACCUUAUUCAAUGAGAUUAACGCUAGGAAGAUUCACGGACAAAGAAAUGUCUUCGAAGGACUAACCAGGAAUAUUGUAUUUAUCGUUAUUUGGACAUCCACGUUCAUCCUGCAGAUUAUAAUUGUUGAAUUUGGUGGCACCGCAUUCUCGACAACAAAUUUGACGUUAGAGCAGUGGGUCUGGUGUUUUUUAUUCGGUUCUGGAGAACUGCUCUGGGGGCAGGUUGUGAUAUCAUUCCCUACACACCGUUUGAUCAAAUACCGCACCAAAAAUUCAAAGGAGAAGUGCACACAAAAACUAGAAAUGCUUGAAAAACAAUUUGAGACCGACGAAGACGAUUUUUCAGACGACAUUCCCAAAGGGCAGAUCCUCUGGAUAAGAGGAUUAACGAGACUCCAACAUCAGGUGUGUUCCUUCAUUAUAAGUCAAAAAUUACAAAAUCAUUUUAAUUAG